ACAAAACGGAAGUGCUUUCGCAAUUCAAAAUGGCGGCUCCCGUGUGGGUGUAGAAACAACGUGAUUUUACACGCAUAGAUACGAUUUCUCACAUUUAAAGCUUUCCGUGUGCAUCCGGAGGAAAGUAUUUGGUCUGUACAUUUGAGAGAUACUCAGCUCUCCACCAUGGCUUCAUUUAAGCCCACUAAAGUCCUGGCGUAUCCUAAACUGGGAGAGCGAGUGACCGAGGAGACGCUUUACUGGAAAAACUACAAGGCUCCGGUGCAGAUAAAGGAAUUCGGCGCGGUCACAAAAAUCGAGUUUUCUCCUCAACCGCCUUACAAUUACGUGGUGACGGCGUCCACCAGAAUCCAGGUGUACGGCGCUCAUUCUCAGGAGCCGCUGCGCAGUUACAGUCGCUUCCGGGACACGGCGUAUGGCGGGAGUUUCCGUGGUGAUGGGAAGCUGCUGGUGGCAGGAAGUGAAGAAGGGCUCGUCCGUCUGUUCGACAUCGGAGGCCGAGUCGCUCUGCGUCAGUUCACAGGACACUCCAAGGCGGUACAUGUCACCUCCUUCCUGUCUGACGGUUAUCGCGUGUUGUCGGGUUCUGAUGAUUUGUCGUGUCGUGUUUGGGACGUAGCGAGUGGAUCAGAACGCAGCUCUUACACCGAACACACCGAUUACGUCCGAGCUGCGACCGCCAGCAAACUCAACCCUGACGUCUUCGUCACCGGUUCCUACGACCACACGGUGAAGGUGUGUGAUGUUCGGGUAGGGGGAAGUGUGAUGACGCUUCAGCACGGUCAUCCUGUCGAGUGUGUGCUGCUUUACCCGUCUGAGGCUUUACUGGUGUCCACGGGAGGUCGGUAUGUGAAAGUGUGGGAUUUGUUGAAAGGAGGUCAGCAGCUCGUCUCUCUGAAGAAUCAUCACAAAACCGUCACGUGUGCGUGUCUGAGCACCGCCGACAACCGACUGCUCACGGGCUCACUCGACAGACAUGUGAAGGUGUAUAAUUCCUCCUACAAAGUGGUCCAUAGUUUUGAUUACGCAGCGUCUAUCCUCAGUCUCGCUCUCGCUCCUGAUGAUGAGAUGGUUGCUGUUGGAAUGGCCAAUGGUGUGCUGAGUAUCAGACACAGGAAACACAGUGAGGACAAACAGGUAGUGGCCGUCAGGAGGAGGCGUGGUCCUGCGUACCGGGUCUUCAUCAAGGGGAAAAACUACUCCCCUAAACAGGAUGAUUUCCAGGUGAAUAAACUAGCGAAACAGCAUCUGCAGAAACACGACUUACAGCUGAAGAGGUUCCAGGUGUCUAACGCACUGGACGCAGCACUGGAGACGUGGAGGCGGAGCACGAAGCCUGAAAUCACUGUAGCGGUGAUGGUCGAGCUGAACCGUAGAGGAACGCUGAGAAACGCUCUAGCAGGUCGAGAUGAACAGAGUUUAAUAAAACUGCUCAACUUCCUGCUCAAGUACGUAACAGAUUCCCGGUUCUCCAACGUGUUGCUCAUGGUGGCGGAUCUGAUCGUCGAUCUGUAUCAGCAGGUGGUUCCUCAGUCUCCUGUAGUUGAGCGUCUGCUGCAGCGUCUGAUGGAGCUUCUGGGACGUGAAGCAGAACUUCAGCAGGAGAUGAUGCAGGUUCUGGGAAUCCUCGACACGCUCUUCGCCUCUCUGUCCACAAGGAAGAAGGCGUCGGCCCCCGCGGGCCCACCCGCCAUACAGGGGGCCCACCUGCACGCUGUGUGAUCCAUGUCUACUCCACAACCCCGCCGCAGGAGGGCGGAGCUUUAACAGCAGCGGCUACACAGACUUUCAUUCAGAUGUUUAUUGGUGAAGAUCGCUGCGUCUUACUGACACGUCAUCAUUUACAGUUAGUGUUUUAUAUGUCUAUAAAGUGAAACUAAAACCUUGUGAAUAAAACGUUGUGCUUUGUCUUGA